CCAGAGUGGCUAAUCCAGAGAACCAGGAGAAUUUCGGGUUGGCAACACAAUAAAUUUAAUGCUAGUGUUAUAACUUGUUGCAGCAUAGGUUGAGCCACAUACUCAUACACACACACAACGCUAGCCUGUAGAUGCUUCGGGGGUUUCCUCUGGGUACUCCGGUUUCCUCCCACAGUACAAAGUCAUGCGUUGUAGGUGCAUCGAGUGAUUGGCGUUCUGUCAAAUUAUCCAUAGUGUGUGUAUGGAUUGUGCCCUGAUGGGUUGGUACCCCGUCCAGAGCGUCCCCCGCCUCGUGCCCAGGGUUCACUUGGAUGGGUUCGAGGCUCCCCGUGUAGGAUAAAAGCGCUACAGGAAACGGACGUAUGGAUGUAUCAUUUGUGUUGUAGUCGGUUCCUAUUGUGCAAUACCUUUGUAAAUAAAUAAAUAGUGGAAAGAGUUUGUUGGUCGCUCAGAUGACAUUCCUGAGCUGAAAUUCAACCCCACUCCCAAAUUCAGCCUGUGGUGACCUAUCGGGUGUUCAGGUGUUCAGUACAAAACAAACCAUGCAGAAUUAUUGAUGCAGCUGAAUGUGGAACUAAACCACCGGACCGCGCUGUCCUGCUGGAGGGAUUUGGAAAGGAGCUGUGGUGGAGUGGUGAGGAAGGCGCACCGCACCGAGGAGGAGUUUCAGGUGAACAAUCUGGCAACCCGCCGUGGGCGGACCGGUGAAGAAGUGAGUCGGUCGGUUUUUGACCCGGGAGUGGAGUUUAUAUGUAGAGUGUGAAGGACGCAGGUUAAGCAGAAGAAGAGGAUUAUGGUGUCACGGUGCUCGGUGGCGGCGCUGCUGCUGGCGGUGGUGAUGCGUCUGAGCCGCGGGGGGGCGUUCACCUGCCCGCCGAUCUGCAGCUGCACCGCGGACACACUGAGCUGCACCGCGCAAACCGAGAGGAGAACCCGGGUACCAUCCUCCACCACUAGCACCAACCUAAGAUUAGCGCACCUGCCUUUGAAAGAAGUGCAAAGUGGAACAUUUCGAGGUCUCAUCAACGUGUCCAGAAUUGAAAUUUCUCAAAGUGACUCCAUCAGAAAAAUAAAAGGCGAGGCAUUUCUCUCGAUCCACAACGUUAUCGAAAUCUCAAUACUGAACAUCAUUCACCUGUCAGCUAUGGAGAAGGGUGCAUUCACAGAUCUGCCAAGACUGAGAUACCUGAGCAUCUGCAACACGGGAAUAAGGCAUUUCCCAGAUUUUUCUGGCAUCUCCUCACUGGGGCUGGAAUUCUUCCUGGACAUGGGAGACAACAUUCAGCUGAACAACAUCCCAGCCAACGCGUUUCAAGGCAUAUCCAAGGCGGACAUGUACAUGAAUCUUGUCAGAAAUGGAUUUACCCAGAUCGAAUCUCACGCCUUCAACGGGACCAGACUGGAAAAGUUGAUUAUGAAAGACAACUGGCACCUCAUUAAAAUCCAUGAUGACGCUUUUGAGGGAGCUGAAGGACCAACGUUGUUGGAUGUAUCAUCCACCGCUCUAAAAUCGCUCCCUACACGAGGACUGAGAGGGGUGAAGGUUCUCAUAGCGCGCUCUACACCUUCCCUAAAGACCCUCCCUCCACUUGAUAACCUCGCAGAGCUUCAGGAGGCCGACCUCACCUACCCAAGCCACUGCUGCGCCUUCCACACCUGGAAACGCAACAACAGGGAGACCGCUGUAUUUGACCGCUUUAAGAACCUGACCAUGCUGUGCAACAUGGAUGACCAAGCAAAUAACAUGGACCCAUCAGGUGACGAUCUUAACGACAUCAAUUUCCACUACCCCGAUCUGGAGUUGUGCGCCAGCAGUAGCUCCUUCAAGUGCACCCCGGAACCGGACGCCUUCAACCCUUGCGAGGACUUGCUGGGUCAUACCUUCCUGCGUGCCAUCACUUGGAUCGUCACCGUUUUUGCUCUCGUGGGAAACCUGGCCGUGCUGCUCGUUCUACUCCUGAGCCACCAGAAGCUGAGCGUCUCCCGGUUCCUCAUGUGCAACUUGGCCUUCGCGGAUCUGUGCAUGGGCUUCUAUCUGCUGCUUAUCGCCGUGGCGGACUAUCGCUCGCGUCAAGAGUACUACAACCACGCUACGGAUUGGCAGACUGGCAUGGGAUGUGGGGUAGCUGGGUUCUUGACCGUCUUCGCAAGUGAACUGUCGAUCUAUACUCUCACCAUGAUUACCCUAGAGCGCUGGCACACCAUCACUCAUGCCAUGCAGAUGAGCAGGAGACUGAGGCUUCGCCACAUGGUCACCAUGAUGGCGAUUGGUUGGGGAUUUUCCUUUGUAAUCGCUCUGCUUCCUGUAGUUGGCGUCAGCAGCUACUCGAAGGUGAGCAUCUGCCUUCCAAUGGACAUUGAAACUCCGGUUUCGCAGGGUUACGUGGUGGCUGUGUUGGUCAUAAACGUGGCAGCCUUUUUAAUGGUCUGUUCCAGCUACGCCGGGAUAUACCUAAGCGUGCGCAACCCGAACGUACCGACACGUCACGGACACACGAGGAUGGCCAAACGAAUGGCGGUGCUCAUCUUUACGGACUUCCUGUGCAUGGCACCCAUCUCGUUCUUCGCCAUUUCCGCCGCUUUGCACAUGCCUCUCAUUUCGGUCUCCCAAUCCAAAAUCCUGCUCAUCCUUUUCUACCCAAUCAACUCGCUGUGCAACCCGUUUCUGUACACCAUAUUCACACGAGCCUUCCGCAGGGACAUGUGUCUGCUUUUAAGCCGAUGCGGUUGCUGCCAUGCUCAAGCGGAGUUCUACAGAUCGCAGGGUCUCUUGGGGUUCACCUUGGCUCCCAGGAAGAAGAGAGUGAGGAAACCUCACUCAAAAAAUUUUCGAGCAUACCACAUCAAGCUGCAGGGAUGCAUCUUCAAUAAAGCUGCAACAUGAGCGUCACGUUCCAAUCGACUGAAUGACUGACGGCCAAGCAGCAGUCUGGGAACGCUGUACAUACUGUGAAUAUAUCGUACAUACUGUGAAUGCUCUUUAUAUAUUUUAAUUUAUUAUUCGGAUUUGUGUCCUGGACUGUGAAGCCAUGUUCUAAACUGGAUUUUCCUCUGCAGAAAUGAAUAAUUAAAAAUUUAUAUUUGUGGUUAAGAGUUUGUUUGGAGCAAACAUGGGUGUAUUUUAGGUUGGACUUGUGACCAUUUCCAAGCUCCUUUCCCCAUCCGUCGUCGCUUCUUUUAAGCUUUCGGCACUUUAGCGGGUGUUUUCUCACGGAUACAUUUUGCAUUUGAAAUGAAGCACCAGAUAUGAAUAAUAGGUGAGUCUGGGGAACUUGUAAAAGGGAGACUCAUGGAGCAUUUAGCUAGCUAGCUUGUAUGCCUUUGCAGAACCAACUGAACCUUUACUUGAGAUUGUUAUGAGAAUUGUGCAGCCCUUUAUGCUUUUCUCACGUUAGCUUUCUCAAGUAGGUGAAAUAAAAGUUAGUUGUACCGAGUCGUAACAUUUUGGCCUCAGACUUGUGAUUGAACACUGAAAGAGACACCACAAAACUCUAAAUCAAUCUCAAGACACAUGGAGACCUGAACAAAUUGCCAUUGGUAUUAAUGAAGCAUAAUGAGGGAAGAAACAAUCCAUGACCCUUUUUUUUUUUUUUUUU